CAUUAUUCUGUGCGCGCGUGCCUCGCUCAAACUCACCAGCAAAACUUUCUUACGUCAAAUCAAUGGAUAUAACCUAACACGCCGCGCACUCGGUUUCUUAUGAAAUGUGAUUGUUAUUGUGUCUAAAUGGCGUCUCUAAUGUGCCCGUAGUAGUGACGUGCAGUGCUACAGUUUGCAGUGUUAAUGAUGUAAUUUUUUUUGUGUGCAGUGUUGUGUUUAAAAAGGAGCAAUGAGUAUCCAAAAGUGUUUUCUGGAUAACUCCAGCAGGAUGAUAAAGGCGAUGUCUACUGCAAAAUCGAGCUCCAGCGAAGUGAAAACGGGUGUCCAAAGUGGCCUCAGAAAGGUUGGCCUGGCGAUGCUGUCAAUGUCAAUGGCCCUCGAUGACAGAAAGAAAAAAACCACCCGCAGUUGGAUAGAGAGCACGUUUCAAAAGCGGGAGUGCAAAUACUUCGUGCCGAGCGCCAAGGACGAGCAUGUAUGCUGGUGCGGUCUCAGCAGAACAGCCCAUGGAGCCAAUAUCCCUGUGGCGACGCCGGGCGAGGCGUGGAUGCCAGCUCGGCAUACUCAGCCAGCGCCGACCGACGCUUAUGGCACUGUGGAGUUUCAGGGAGGACCGCAUCCUACCAAAGCACAGUACGUCCGCCUCGCCCACGACACUCGCUCCGAGCUGAUAGUCCAACUGCUGACGCGCGAAUGGGCCCUCGACCGCCCCAAGCUGCUCAUCACCAUCCAGGGCGGCAAGGCCAAUUUUGACCUUCAACCUAAACUGAAGAAGGUCCUCAGGAAAGGCCUGCUAAAAGCCGCAAAGACCACAGGAGCUUGGAUCUUUACGGGAGGCACUAAUACUGGUGUGACCCGGCAAGUGGGCGACGCACUACAACUGGAAAGGUCGCAACGGGCCGGCAGGGUUGUCAGUAUUGGCAUAGCUCCUUGGGGCAUUGUCGAAGGAGCAAACGAUCUAAUAGGGAGGGGCAGAGAUGUGCCUUAUCAUGCUAUGGCUUCACCGAGAUCGAAGCUGGCGGUUCUAAACAACCGACACGCGUACUUCCUAUUGGUGGACAACGGUUCGGUGGGUCGCUACGGUGCGGAAAUCGUACUCCGGCGAAAGUUGGAGAAAUACAUCGCGGCGCAAAAACUACAUCCUUACACGCAUUCCUCAACGCCAGUGGUCUGCCUCGUCAUAGAAGGCGGCACGAACACGGUCCGAGCGGUGCUUGAGUAUGUGACCGACACGCCGCCAGUGCCAGUUGUAGUCUGCGACGGCAGCGGACGGGCUGCUGACCUCAUAGCCUUCGUACACAAGUACGCGUCAGAAAGCGGCGAGCAGACGGUCCUGGAGUCCAUGCGGGACUAUCUCAUCGGCACCAUCCAGAAGACCUUCGAAGUCCAGCUCCAACAAGCUGAGUGCCUUUACAGCGAGCUGCUUCAGUGCACUAGGAAGAAGAACUUGAUCACCGUAUUCAGGAUCCAAGAGCGAGCCGAAGGGGGGGAAGUUCAAGAGCUGGACCAGGUCAUCUUAACAGCUCUGUUCCGAGCGCAACAUCUGUCACCAAGCGAGCAACUGUCUCUGGCACUAACAUGGAACAGAGUGGACAUCGCGCGGUCAGAGAUUUUCGUGUACGGACAGGAAUGGCCUCCAGGUGCCCUGGAUGAAGCCAUGAUGCAGGCCCUGGAGCACGACCGGAUCGACUUCGUGAAGCUGCUGCUGGAAAACGGCGUCUCCAUGCGCAAGUUCCUCACCAUCCCUCGGCUGGAAGAGCUGUAUAAUACUAAGAGCGGGCCUAGCAACACAUUACGGUACAUCUUGAGAGACGUGCGACCACAUCUUCCCAGGGGCUACGUGUACACUCUACACGAUAUAGGACUCGUCAUUAACAAGCUCAUGGGAGGUGCUUACAGGUGCUACUAUACCCGACGCAAGUUCCGUCCGAUCUACGCAAAAGUGAUGAACAAGAGCGUGAACGUGCACCGAAACAGCGCGUCGUUCACCCGCCACACCGCCGGAGGACUGUCGCUCAUCACCGGAUUUAUGCCCGUCACUACAGAGAUGGCGCUGUUCGACUACCCCUUCAACGAACUACUGAUGUGGGCAGUCCUCACAAAACGUCACCAGAUGGCGCUACUCAUGUGGACCCACGGAGAGGAGGCGCUAGCCAAGAGUCUUGUGGCCUGCAAGCUGUACAAGGCCAUGGCCCACGAAGCGGCUGAGGAUGACAUGGAAACGGAGGUUUAUGAAGAGCUCAGGCAUUAUGGCAAGGAGUUUGAGACCAAAGCUCUAGAGUUGUUAGACUACUGCUACCGCCAAGACGACGACCAGGCCCAGCAGCUCCUAACCUGUGAGCUCCAAAACUGGUCAGGACAGACCUGCUUAAGCCUCGCCGUGGCCGCCAACCACCGAGCCUUACUUGCCCAUCCCUGCUCACAAAUCAUACUAGCCGACCUAUGGAUGGGUGGGCUCAGAACAAGGAAAAACACCAGCCUUAAGGUGAUUCUGAGUCUGCUGUGCCCCCUGUACAUCCUCCAACUCGAGUUCAAGUCCAAGGAGGAACUCCAGCUGAUGCCGCAAACGGAGGAGGAGCAUCUGGAGAACGAGAGUAUGGAAGAUGAUCGGAGUACCAAGGACCCGAACGACGCUGAGGCAUUGAUUGGCUCAGGAGAAUGCGACACGCGGGUCGAUCAGAACGGAAAAGUGGGUAAAAUAGGGUGGGAACCGUCGUACCGGGAGCUGCCUGAGUACCACGCGCCGGAGGACAAAAGGAUGAGGCCGCUGCGGCUCAGGAAGAAGAUCUAUGAGUUCUUUACGGCGCCGAUCACCAAGUUUUGGGCUGAUUCGAUCGCCUACAUAUUGUUCCUAUUGAUGUUUACAUAUACAGUAUUAGUCAGGAUGAGCCAUACGCCGUCUUGGCCUGAGAUUUAUUCUAUAUGUUAUAUAAUAACGUUUUUAUGUGAGAAAGUAAGAGAAAUCGUUACGUCCGAACCUGUUGCUAUUAGACAUAAGUUCAGUGUGUGGGCAUGGAAUAUGUGGAACACGUACGACGCAGGCUUCAUCAUAUUCUUCCUGGUGGGUCUGACGCUCCGGCUGCGCGUGAGUUCCAUGGACGUCGGCCGCGUCAUCUAUUGCGUCGACAUCAUCUACUGGUACUUAAGGAUACUGAACAUAUUAGGCGUUAAUAAGUACUUAGGACCUUUAGUCACAAUGAUGGGUAAGAUGGUGAAAAACAUGAUAUACUUCGUGGUGCUAUUAUUGGUGGUGCUAAUGUCGUUUGGAGUCGCUCGGCAAGCGAUACUCUACCCUGAUAAGGAGGCCAGUUGGUACCUCAUCAGAGAAAUAUUCUUCCAACCGUACUUCAUGUUGUAUGGUGAGGUGUUCGCGCCGGAGAUCGAUCCCCCGUGCGGCUUGGGCCUCGACAUGGCCAAGUGCGUGACUGGCCGCUGGAUCACGCCCAUCGUUAUGACGAUCUAUCUUCUCGUCGCUAAUAUUUUGCUCAUCAACCUCCUUAUUGCCGUUUUUAACAAUAUAUUUAACGAAGUCAAUGAAGUCUCGCAUCAGGUAUGGAUGUUCCAAAGAUUCACGGUGGUGAUGGAAUAUGAACAAAAGCCAGUUCUGCCUCCGCCGCUAAUAAUUUUCUGUCACAUAUACGCGACGUGCAAGUGGGUGACGAGAAAUGUCUCACACCAAAGGUUUCAGUACGAUAAUGGAUUGAAACUUUUCUUAGAGAAAGAAGACAUGGAAAGGUUAUAUGAUUUCGAAGAAGAGUGUGUUGAAGGUUAUUUUAGGGAACAAGAAGUUAAAUUAUCAAAUUCUAUGGAAGAAAGAGUGAGAAACACAACUGAUAGGGUAGAAAACAUCACAACUAAAAUGGAAGACUUAAAUCAAAAAGCUAAUUGCCAAAUACAGUCAGUACAGAGCGUAGAGUUUAGGUUAAGAAAGUUAGAAGACGUAGCAGAACAGACGAUGAACCAUUUAGCCGUAAUACACCGGUUCAUGGCCACCCACCCGUCCCUCGUGAACCGAGGAUCCACGGACACGCUGGGACCACCGCCUCCGACCUUCCAAGCCGCUGGUGCAAGACUGAGAACUACUAGCGACAGAUCAGAGGUGCUGUCGGACAGCGACACGGGCCCCCCGCGCUUCGUCGUGCGCCCCGUGCAGGAGGAGGACGAGCGAUCGCAACCCUCCGAUGACGAGAUUCCCCACUCCGGGCCAGAAGCGCCGGGGAGGGAUAAGGACCACGAUGGAGACUCCGUUUCCUCGUCCUCGGGAGGCAGUGGUGCUGGGCCGGAGGUGACCGUCAUUAGACCGCAGCCGCCCACGCCGGCGCGACAGAGGAGCUCGGAAAGCAAUAGGACUGAACCUAGUGAAGACAAAAAAGUUCCAUCGAUAACUGAUGACGCGUUCUUGGAAGUGAACGAGCCACCAGCAGACCUCGCCAGCCUUCGGCCCAGAACCAACACAGCAGGCACCAGGAGAACAGCUAACACUAGACGGCGUUCGGAAGGCGGCAACGACUGCGGCAUGGGAGGGCACUACUCCACGCAGCACCUGGCUCCGAGGAGGCAGCACAGCCAGACGCAUUCGGAGCCGGACAACUCCGCUGUCGAUGCUAGCUCCCUUCACAACUCUGUCACUGGACGGAUUUGUACAGGUCAGCAGUCGGGCUGGGAAGCGACCGGAGGUGCCAACGGCAUGGGUUCAGGCCGGGCUCGUGUAGGAGGCGCGCCGAGAUCUCUUCUCCUGGCCAUGCACGAGUAUACCAGCAUCACAGACGAGCUGGAGACGGUGUAUGGACUGUUCUCUCCGCCGCAUACUCCAAGAACCCCCAUCACAUCUCGCCUGCUAUCGCCCGCGAGAGCCGCCUCGCCUUCCAUCCGCCGCCGCCAUGCCAGCGAAAUGUCCAACCCCGAGUUCGCACUCUUCAUGGAGAAGGAGCAUCUUCGCGGCGCCGAAGAAGAUGACUACAUUAUCAUGGAGAACCUCAUUCAGCGUCGCCUAGAAAUCGAGUCUGUGCUGCACAGAUACGAGGAGGAGGCUGAAGGGGAGGGGGAGGGGGAGGUGAGCGGGAUCAGCAUCAGUGUGUGCGUGAACAGCGGGGAGGAGCAGCCAGGGGUGCCGCCGCAGUCGACCACGCUGCUCACGGUCAAUGACCGGAGGCUGCCGCAUCAGAGACAUUCUCGGAGAAGAUCGUCAGCCAUUGACAGCAGGGAGCUGCCGAGCCCUCUGCAACCGCUUCUAGGCGACGAGGCUUGCGGAGAAGUGCUGCUGCCUGUACCGAGGCAACCUUCCGGUGACACCAACGCGUCGAGCGAUAUGUCGCUCUCGCACAUGGUAAGCGAGAACCUGCCGCCUCGCCCGUCCAUCGUGCUGGAUUCGUCACAGCUGCCCCGCCAGCGGUCCGCAGAGCAAACGCAGCCGCAGCCGCCGGGGCCCGCGCGGCCGGAGACCAUGUGCUAGAUGAUCGACGUCCAAACUUAACACACUAGUGCACCAAUCAACAGAAGAACCCCGCAACCAGAUUAUAAAAAGAUAUUGGAGAAAAUUGCGCAAAAGUAUUAAUCUAAUCAUAAUAAUAGAACACCAAAAAUUACUGUUAGUAUUAAAGUUACAUUUUUGAGAGGUUUUCCAUUUAGGGCCUUGUCGGAACCCCUUUUUCGGCGUUGAGCCAUUCGAUGUACUUACUCUUGACUGUCUGUCCCGUGUGAUCUAGCAUUAGACUGAAAAUAACACUAUUCUAAAUCAAGCCAUAUCCUUUGUAAACUUCACUAAUUGUUAGCACGUUUAAAAUAGCUCGCUGUACAUUUGCUAAGCUCCUGAUUUGAAGCCAUGCAGGCAAGCACGGUCGCGUGAACGAUGUAACAUCAGGCCGUCCUUUUCGCACUAUUUGUAAGUGCGAUGACGCAUCGAUGCGAUACAGUUUAUCCAACUAGUGUGCUACGCCCGCUGAUUGGUCCAAACUUCACUUUUAUUCGUCGUUCAAAAUCUGCCCGCAAUGAAUUCUGCGCGCAGGUUUCGAAAACUAGAUAAGAACGUUAUAAUAUUCGAUUUUCUCUGCGGUAGUGAUGUGAAGUGAAGUGCUACGCUCGACAUCUAAAAAGCAGGCAAGUUAUUUUAAAAUAGUGGCGUAACUAGUAAAGCCUAGGCUUGGGCUAAAGUAGCCCUUUCAGGGGCCUUCUUUAAGACGAUACUCUUUUGGUAUCACAUUGUUAAUACACUUCGAGAAAAAAACAGCCUCCAAUAUGAAACUCCAUCUGCGCCUCGGUUAUACGCUACGCUACGUCACUAUUUCAAAAUGGCGCCUUAAAAUUUUGGAGCCCUGCGUUACAAGCAAUCAUUUCCUAGAUUAAUAAUAGUUACUUAAACAUAAACUUAGUGUACAGAUGGUACAGGCGACGUAGCGAAAAGUGAGUGAAAGAUAUUCGACAAUACAUUCGUACAUACAUGUUACCUAACGAACUUGGAACUGAGAGUAGCCUAGUACAUAGUGUAGGUAAAGAGUCCGGGGCAAUGGGAUUAUAUUUGUAUUUAUUUUUGACUGCGGCAACGCUGGAAUUGAUCCUGCCAAUAUAUAGCUUAUUUGAAUAUUUGCACGGGCUAUUUGGCCAAUAUGUUGGUAAGUGUCAAACUAAAUUGGGAUCCACUCGUUUUGAUUUGUCAAUUAAAAUUAUACUUCCAUAAUCUGAAAAUUAAAUGCUGAUUCCAUUUUUUAUCAAGCAUAUUUUAUAAUCU